CUCUCGCCAAACCACACUCACUCCUGCAAAUUACACUCAUACCUUUCUUCAUUUGCCAAAGAGCUAGCCACAAUGUCUGACUCUCGCGCUCUCAAGGACACUCAGCUCAUGUCUCCUCCGCGGAUGCAGACCCGCUCCAGCAGCAAGGCCGGCACCCCCGCCAAGGGCACGCCUGCCAAGGGCACGCCUGGCAAGCGCAAGAACGACACCGUGGACCCGUCGCCGGCCAAGCAGAACAAGGGCAGCAACCUGCGCGAGCUGUUUACCAGCCCUCGCAAGCGCAUGCUCGAGGAGCCCCUGCUGGACGAGAACCCCGACCGCUUCUGCAUGUUCCCUAUUAAGUACCCUCAGAUUUGGGAGAUGUACAAGAAGGCCGAGGCGUCGUUCUGGACUGCUGAGGAGGUCGACCUGGGCGACGACAUGAAGCACUGGGAGAAGCUGUCGGACGGCGAGCGCCACUUCAUUUCGCAUGUUCUGGCCUUCUUCGCCGCUAGCGACGGCAUCGUCCUGGAGAACCUGGCCAUCCGCUUCAUGAAGGAGGUGCAGCUGCCCGAGGCCCGUGCCUUCUACGGCUUCCAGGUGGCCAUCGAGAACAUCCACAGCGAGAUGUACUCGCUGCUGCUGGAGAGCUACAUCAAGGACCCCCAGGAGAAGCACAAGCUGUUCCACUCCAUCGAGACCGUGCCCUGCAUCAAGAAGAAGGCGCAGUGGGCCAUGAAGUGGAUCGGCAGUGACUCGGUGUUCUCGGAGCGCCUGGUGGCCUUCGCGGCCGUGGAGGGCAUUUUCUUCUCCGGCUCGUUCUGCUCCAUCUUCUGGCUCAAGAAGCGCGGCCUCAUGCCCGGCCUCACCUUCUCCAACGAGCUCAUCAGCCGCGACGAGGGCCUGCACUGCGACUUCGCCUGCAUGCUGUUCAGCAUGCUCAACACGCGCAUUGAUGAGACGCGCGUCAAGCAGAUCAUCGUGGAGGCGGUGGAGAUUGAGCAGGAGUUCUGCACGGAGGCGCUGCCGGUGGACCUGAUCGGCAUGAACAGCCGCCUGAUGGCGCAGUACAUCCAGUUUGUGGCGGACCGCCUGCUGGUGUCGCUGGGCUGCGCUAAGCAAUACAACGUGGUCAACCCCUUCGAGUUCAUGGAGAUGAUCUCGCUGCAGGGCAAGACCAACUUCUUUGAGAAGCGCGUGGGCGACUACCAGAAGAACGGCGUCAUGGCCGGCCUGCAGGGCAAGGUGCAGAACUUCUCCAUGGACGAGGACUUCUAAGCGCCCGGUGCGCCUCUGUUGCGCCCCUGUGGCGUGCUUUGGCGCCGCGCGACAACGGCUGUCUGCCUGCCACGCCGCCACAAGUGGGGCCGACACGCCAAGGUUUUUUUAUAAGAGACGGUCUCUAUCAGUCGCCACCGCCACCGCAUCGAUUGUGUGCUGCCUCCAGCUGAGGUAGCGGCCGGCUGCCGUCUUUGAGGCAUGUUGGCUUACGCGGCGGUGUGGUGCAGGGCAGGCUGCUGCUGCCGCGGAUAUAGUGUGCGUGUGAUACAAUGUUGCAGCGGCCGCGGGCGGGCAGCACCGUCUCAGCCCUGCGAGCCUGCCCUUGAUUUCUCUUCUUUCUCCCUUACUGACCAAUUGACACGACCACGACAGAGCACGCCGAGACUUUGGGCUUGACAGCGCUUCACAUGGCUAAACUCAUACGGGUGCAUGGUUAGUGACAGCUGCUGUUUGUGGACUCGCAAUCUGACUAUUCUGCCUGAGGGAUUUGUGUGCAGUGUCGUGCGUUGCGUAUAGCGUGUAGGUGUGACUGGUGUGGUUGUCUGGUUACUUUUUGUGAAGAUCCUGCCUGAGUGUCCUGUUGGGAUUGGGGGCAAUGCCCGCUACGCCCGGAACGCGCAACCACCUGCAACGCAUCCGUUCAUGCUGCGGCCUCUUACCCACCCCUACAUGGCAAUGCGCGUGCAUGGGUAUGUAAGCGAUGGCAGUACAGUGAGUGAUCGUGGCUAAACAUUUGGACUGUGAGAGUAUGUGUGAACAUGAGUGCUCGAGUCGAGACGUGCAGGUCUCCGUGCUCGGGGAUGAGAGACUGCGAGGGAGUUGUGGAGCUGCCCGUGGUCUCCUGCCGUUGCGGGAGGCAGUGCGCAGCUUCGUAUUCUGUGUGCAGUAUAGCUAGGCAACCGGACAUUCCCCCCAGUGUGAAAGUGUACGCGGCAUGCGUCAAGUAAUACAUAUCAUGUCGUGUGCUGCUCUUGACACCCGGGGUUUUCUUGGCCCCAGGUUUGUGUGGGGCUUGGUCUUGUGCCUAGGAUUGGUUCCUGCCCCACAUGUUGCCAGCGUGUACAUAUACAACCUGCUUAUUCAUCCCCCAUAGCGCAUACGGCAGUCGGCCCCUGUGCGAGGGUGCCGGCGGAUACACACGCCGCAACGGGCCGAGUUGGGCGCGGGAAUGGCAGGUGGUGCGGAUCAAGUGUGUAUGCGUGUGUAUGUGUGCGCGCCUCCGUGGGGCCGGGUUGCUCUCCACGUGUGUCACUGCCCGCCGGUCAGCAAGAUCUGGCGCCUGCCACCCCAGGCCAACUACUGUAACGGCUCAGAAGU